AUGCAACCGGGAGGGAACAAAGGCCGUCGAGGCCAGAAAACAUGGUCCUUCGCCGCUCAUUCGUCGAGCGUGAAUUGCAUAAGCAUCGGCAGGAAGUCGGCGGAGAGGUUUAUCACGGGCGGCGACGAUAAGAAGCUGCACCUAUGGUCCACCCGUCAGCGGGCGCCGUUGCUGUCGCUGCGCGGCAACACGAGCGCCAUCCAGAGCGUGCUGCUGGACGCGAGCGAGGAGCUCGCCGUGGCGGGCGGCGCUGCGGGCGCCGUGAAGCUCUGGGACCUGGUGGAGGGGCGAGGUGAGGGGGGGGGAACCUGGUGGAGGGGCGAGGUGAGGGGGAGGAGGGGAACCUGGUGGAGGGGCGAGGUGAGGGGGAGGGGGGAAACCUGGUGGAGGGACGAGGUGAGGGGGGGAGGUAUGGGGAGGGGCGAGGUGAGGUGGGGGAGGUAUGGUGAGGGGCGAGUCCUGCCGUCUACCUUCCAUUCCCGCCAUCCCUUUCCCCUCAUCCCCUCCCCGCGCCUCCUCUUUGCCUCCCCCCUUCCCCUCAUCGCCGCCUCCUUUCCCCCCAUCCCCUCCCCGCGCCUCCUCUUUGCCUCCCCCCUUCCCCUCAUCGCCGCCUCCUUUCCCCCCAUCCCCUCCCCGCGCCCCCCAGCCAUCCGCACAAUGACGGGCCACAAGGCCGCGCCGAUCGCGCUCGACCUGUACUCCGCGGGCGGGCUGUGCGCGUCGCUCAGCCCCGCGGACGGCACCGCGCGCGUGUGGGACCCGCGCCAGAAGGAAGCCGCGCACGUCUUCCGCGGAAUGGGCGCGGGGGACGCGGGAGAGGGCGGCGGAGCUGUGGGAGGCGGAGGGGCGGAGGGGAGGGGAGCGGGAGCAGGGGGCGGAGCGGAAUGCGGGGGGAAGGGCGGGAAAACUGUAGGGUGCGUGCGGUUCAGUCCGGAUGGGCGGUGGGUGGUGGCAGGCGGGCAAGAUGGGCGCAUCAAGCUGUUCGACCUGGCGCAGGGGCGGCUGUUCGCGCAGCUGGCGGGGCACGCGGGCGCGGUGGCGGCGCUCGACUUCCACCCGCAGGAGCUGCUGCUCGCGUCCGCCGCGCGCGACCGCACCGUGCGCUGGUGGGACCUCGAGUCGCUUGACUGCGUUGACUGCACGCCGCCCGGCGCGGGCGGCACCACCGCCCUCGCGUUUUCCCCCCAGGGGGAUGCGCUCUUCGCGCCCUGCACUGACCACCUCAAGCGAGUGCUGCCAUUCAGCAAGGACCCAGAGCUGUGCUUCGACGAACCCCUCCCCCUCCCCUCGCCCCCCUCUUCAUCCCCUCUCUCCCCGCGUUCCCCCUCUUCCCCCACCCCCUCUGCCCCCUCCCAGCGAGUGCUGCCAUUCAGCAAGGACCCAGAGCUGUGCUUCGACGAACCCCUCCCCCUCCCCUCGCCCCCCCCGCACCUCCCCCACUCCCGCAGCCCUUUCUCCGCCCUCUCCCCCUUCGCCCCCUCCCUCUCCUCCUCCUCCCUCUUCCGCCCCUCCCCCGCCUCCCCCUCCGCCUCCCCCUCCCCCACCCUGUCGCGCCGUAACAGCCUGAGGGGCAGUCUGGGGGGCGCGGGGGCGGGGGGGUUCGGGGGGUGGGGGAAGGUGGCGCCUGAGGGGGGUGACAGUGACGUGGAGGGGCCGGACUGCCAGCAUCACAGUACGUCGCCGCAGAGGGCGGGUGGAGGGGUGGGGAGGGGUGAGAGGGGCGACCGGGGGAGUGCUGCGCGGUGCAGCAGUGAAGGCGGGUGGUGGGGCAGGGAGGGCAAGGGGGGGCGAGGGGGUGUUGUGGCAGCGGUGGUGUUGGGUCGUGAUGAUUGUAACGGUGGUGGUGAUAAGGGGGGGAAUUAUGGAGGAUAUACCACGGGAGGAGACACCAGCACUGACGACGAGUGCACGAGUCAUAGACUGGCACGUGGCAGCUCAGCAUCGCAUGCAACCACAACCACCACCACCGCCACUGCAGCUGCUAGUGCUACUCCUGGCCAUGCUGCCUCUCGACGCGGCUCACACACGCACUCCCUGGCGUCUCCUCGCCGCUCCCCUCCCUCCUCCCCCUCCAACCCCACCGGUCACUACCCUGCUGCCUCUGCGCGCACUGCACCCGCAUCUUCUGCCACUCCCGUUACAGUCACACCAGGUGCACGCGUACCAUCCGCUGCUGUACAUCCAGCGUCCCCCACAGCGGGUCGGACCCACCCUGCUGCUGCCGCUGCAGCUCCAGCCUCCACCGCUGGUGCUCCAGCCUCUGCUGCUGCCACCACGCCAGCCACACCAGCAGCAGCAGCACAGGCAGCGGCGGCGAGGGGCGGGCAGGGCGCGGUAUCAGGGCGGUCGCCCAUAGUGGACCUCGUGUCCCGCGUGUCUGACUGGAUUGGUUCGCUCUCCUCGCAGGAGCAGACAGGCGCGGGCGAGAAGAGGGGUGGGGGGAGCGGAGGGAGCGAGAGGAGGAAGGCGGAGAGGGGAGGGAGUGAGGGGAGGGCGGGGGAGAGGCAGAGAGGCAAGGUAGUGGAGGAGGGCGGGGUGGAUUCCAGGAGUGGUGGUAGGGACGCCGACGCUGCUGCUGGUAGUGCUGGUGCUGGUGCGUCUGGUAGUGCUGGUGGCAGCUCCUUCAGCAGGCUGGGGCAAACGGCUCGGAGAAUGACUUUUGGCAGCGGCGAUCAUCCAUCCAUCCCCCCCUAUGCCGCCAGUCUCAGAGCCCCAUAUGCAGCCGACACACAGCCACAAGAAUCCCCUCCCCCUGCCUGCUCCUCUGCUUCCGCCUCCCUCUCCGUGGGCAGCUGGGGCUUCCGAACCUCCAGCAAGGCUCGGGGGAAGAGGCAGGGGUCUCCAGUGCUGGCUCUCUCUGAGGGCAGGUCCGGCAGCAUGCCGAGCCAGAGCUCGCUGGUUCGGAAGCUAGGCUUGUUUGUGCCGAGGCUGCGGCCGCCGUAUGCUGUAGAUAAUGAGGACGUGGAGGAAGGGGAGGAGGUGGAGCAGGGGGGUGGGGGGGAGAUGGCGGGGAUGGUUAGGAGCCAGAGCGAGAAGGUUCCAGGAAGCGGGCCUCUUGUUGUGAUCCGCCACGGAGGGCUGGUUGACGUGGAGGUUUCAGCCAAUCAGAAGGUGACAGGGAGCGGAGGAGUGGGGAGAAGGGUGAAUAGGGAGGAGGAAAGGAGGCGUGGGUUUGAGAAGGGGAAGGAGGGCGCGGUUGGAGCAGCAGGGAGGGGUGGAGGGACGGGGGCAAGUGGUGAGGGUGGGAUCAGCAGGGAAGGUAAUGAAGCAGGCCAUGGCGCAGCAGCAGCAGCAGCAGCAGCAGCAGCAGCAGCAGCAGCCGCGGCCGCUGGUGGUGGUACUUGUGGUGGUGGUGGUGUGGUUGGGAGAGUAGGGGGAGGGAGCAUGGGGGGGAUGGAGGCGAGGGCAGGUGCUGGGGUGGCACAGAGGCGGAUGGGAGGAGGGGCAGGGGACCUCAUUCCUUUCUUGCGAGAGGCUGAGAGGCAGGAGCAGCUGCAGCAGCUGCAGCAGCAACAGCGCUACCACCCCCAGCAGCAGCAGGAGCAGCGGCACUACCACCACCCACAGCAGCAGCAGCAGCAGCAGCAGCAGCAGGGAGGUGGGCAAGCGAGCGAGGAUGAAGCGGCGGUGGUGGCGGCAGUUACGGAUGGGCAUGAGGGGAUGGUGCGACAGCUGGCGGCGCGCAGGCAGGCGGUGCGGCAGGUGGGGGAGAUGUGGCGAGACGGGCUCGUGGCCGAUGCUCUUGCGUUCCUGGCAGUCACUGCAGAUGAAGGGGUGAGUGGGUGGGGCAAGGGGCAGGUGGGGGAGAUGUGGCGAGAGGGGCUCGUGGCUGAUGCCCUCGCGUUCACUGCGGACGAAGGGGUUCUGGUUGAUGUCGUCUCAUCCAUGGGAUCACAGGGCGGCAGCAGCAGCAUGGCAGGGGGGGGAGGGGGGGUCGGUGGGGCCAGCAGCAUGGGCGGCGUGAGUGGGGCGAGCGCUGCAGUGCAGUGCCUGGGAGUGGACGGCUGUGCCGCGCUGGUGCCCAUUCUGGGCGGCUUGCUGGCCAGUGCGCACUCCAGCCGCGUGCACGCCGCCCUCCUGCUGCUGCGCGCGCUGCUGCGCUGCUACAGUGAUGGGAUCUCUGCCGCCCGCUCUGCCGUCCACUCGCCCGGCGUGGACCUGCACAUGGAAAUGCGGCUGCAACGCUGUGCGGAGUGUGCUGAGGCCUUCCGCGCCCUCACCCCUCGCCUGCAAACGCUGCUGCACACGCCUCGUGUCUGUGCGACCUCCUCUCCCCACGCUCUCUCCCCCAUCCCUCCUCGCUCCCAUGUGUGCAGUGGCCCCAAGGAGAACUGCUCGCUUGCCACCCAAGUGCUCAUGCUCACAUCCCGCCUCGACUCUUGA